CUUAAAUACGCUCAGGUGUCUGUUUACAUGGUCAUUGUCCAAUCAAAACUAGCUAACGGAGAUUAAAUCGAAAAGAAAAAGGAAAACAAGCCUUUGUGCAAAGCUGAGUUAUAAUGCAAUGUUUGAGAGUGAAUCGUCAUUGAUUGAAUGAUUUUGUCCCGAGUGAGUGAGAGUGUGUGUGUGUGCGUGAGGAUAAUUUUUUUUUCUUCUUUUCUUCUUUAUCCAAUUUACUUCGGAAUAUUAUGAACAAAGCUAUACAUAAUAGUGAAAACGUUAGACCGAACAAAUUUAACUAUGCUCAAGCAGCUCGGCCUAACUAUCCUAGAAAUCCUUCACAACCGCAGCAACAGCAGCAAAGAGUAGAAGGUGCACCAAGCAGUGAUCAACAAACGGAAUUCAAGAAUUCAUCUGCUUAUUCCUCUUCUUUGACCCAUGGUCAUGGUUCCUUCAAGAGAACUUAUUCUUCCAACAUGUAUAAAUCAAAAGACAGCACAUAUAACAACUAUAAAAAACCUAGUGUACAGCUACCAAUGGCUCCACCUACUGAAACAAGUAAGAUUUUGUUCUUGUUCUAUCCUAACGAUCCUAACUUCUUUAUAGCCAAUAUCCAGUUUGGAUCUAUCAAUCAAGCUUAUACUCCGGCGAGUACAGCAAACGGAUCUAAUAAUAAAACCGGAGAUAUCCCAGUUUUAAAAGAAGUUCAAUUUGGCAGUUUGCCUGCUACAGAUGCUACCUUGGUAAGUAAAUUAUAUUUCUUUAUUAUAUUUUUAUUCAUCCUUUAUCAAAAAGAAUCGUUCGCAAUUCAGAUCCCAACAGCAACAGCAGCCAAAGACAGAGAUACCCAGAUCAACUCGUACUACCAAUGAUGCUAGAUUAUUUACCCAACCUUACGCGCCUCGUAGAGAUUUUAACCAAGGAGAUUUUUCGAAUAAUAAUAACAACAAUAAUAAUCGUUAUUAUAAUAAUAAUAGACACAACGGAAAUUAUAAGAAUGGUUACAAUAAAUCCACAGGAUCUCAGCAAAACAGCUACUAUAAUAAUAAUAACAAUCACAACAAUAAUAGCAGCAAUAAUAAUACUAGCAAUAAUCAUAAUAGCAGUACUACUUCUACUAAUAACACAAACAGCAGU